AAAAACUCCUAUUAUACGUCAUCAGCGGCAAGCCCUUUGAGGACUGGGCAUGACGUUCGCCACGAAAACGAGGUUGGAUUCUCAACGAUGGCGACAGCUGAGACGCGAAUAGUGAGUAUUUCCUUCGAAUAUUUUGUUCUAAUUUAACAACAAAAAGAUUAUGUGUUCUGCUGAAGAGUGGUUAGAUUAUUAAAUUAAGGAUUGCUCAAAAUUUUGGUCUAAAUUUUCCCUCGUUAUGUUGUGGUUCGUGAACAAAUUCUUUUUCGGGAAAUUUUUGCUCGUCUGAACAAUGGAAAUUGACAUGAAAACAGAAGCUCUAAGCCAAGCAACACCCAAAAGACCAUUCGUAUUGAUGGCAAGAUAGCAGAAAAAUUGCUCUAGUUUGAUGUCAAAUUAAUGGAAAUUGGUCUCAACGUAUUUUGAGGUUGUUCAGGAAUUGUUGUGAAACAUCUGUCUAAUAGCAUACAUGAGUUCGCUUAGAGUAUUUGUUUACAUAAUUUCGGUUUUGAAAUAAUGUUUAAGGAAACGGUUUUACAAACUUCUUCUACAAGAAAGCGCAGUUGAACUGUGAGAAGACGUUAGUGUCCAAGCGUAUUUGAAAACCUCUAUAGAUGUCGCAAAGAAACUGAAAGGUGACGGGGGUUUAAGUGAAUAGUACUUUAGACAAAACUAAAACACUCAUUAUCUUCUGGACCACAUUUAUUGAAAAAAACAUCGAUCUUGCCAUCUCUGUUCCUUUCAUUUGAAUGAUUCGAAUUCUUUACUUAUCCUCCCUCUUUUAUUUCUGGCUAUUUAUAGAAUGUAUACUUAUAACUUUUGAAUACCUGGAACCUACUUGAAGAUUUAAUUUUUUGGACUGAUCCCUGUAACAUUCAUGUUAACACGAAGUUGCAUUUUUGUCGUCCGUAAAAGAACAUAAAUGUGGAUCAAUUAGGUGUUAUAAUGAUUUUACUGCUUGUAUGAUUGUAUUCUUUUUAUUUUAGUUAUGUAUGUGUGGAAAGUGUUUUUCCUUUGAGUAAAAGGAGUAGUCAUGUAGAUCUUGAAAUAUCUUAGAUAAUUUACAAGGUGGUGUUGAUUCUUACACGUCUAAAAAUAUCAAGAUGUCAUAAAACUCGAGUUUAAUUGUAUGUUUUUUUGUUGUUUUAAAACUGUAAAGCAUUGUUUUAAGGUGUUGAUGACCAUAUGCAUUGACUUUAAAGGAACAAUGAUCUUUUGAACAUGCCCUAUAGAUAGUAUUUUUCCCCAUAGGCAAAAAAUCAUGUAUAUAUAUCAGCAUAUUGCUCUACACACUCCUUGUCUAUGUGUAGAUAUUGAAAUGUCUGUUGAUUUGUUGUUGUUGAUCCCUGCAAAUUACUCACAAAAACAGAAGAUUGAUAGAAAAUUCAAACAUAAUUGUGUGGUUGUGGUUUGAGAAAUGUUUGUGACAUAUUUAUUAAUUUUGAAUGAAAUUAAAAGGGCGAGAUUUGCUUAAAAUACCUUCUAUUCAUGCUAAAUUUUGUUUGAAAUUGUAGGAAGAGAAAGUCUCAGAAGAAAAAGUCUCAGAAGAAAAACCAGGUUAGUUACUUAGACAGUUCAAUAAAAGAUGUGACAUACUUGUGCUUUUGAUCAUUAAAUGUGAUGGUUUGUUAUAUUUAUAAGGGAGCUAUAGGGUUACCUUAGAAAAAAAAAAUGAUCAACCCUACAAAGGGCUGAUGAAAAUAUUGUAUUUAGUUAUGCUUCUCAGCCACUUUUUUUGGUUUAUAUUUAAUUGAGUUCUUUUAGCUUUGCCCUUCAGUCUGAUUUUUACCUUUCUUAAGAUUUUAAUCUACUAUUUUUUCAAUUCUUCACUUUAUAUCAAGAGAUGUUACUGAGAAUAUCUUUUAUUCACUCAAAAAUUUCCUUUCUUAUUUUCACCAUAUUUCUGUGCCAGCCGUUUUAAAUUAACCUUAUCUUUUAGUUACCUUGUUUCAACAUAAAUAAACCAUGUUAUACCUAUCUUGAAUAACUAAAAUAAUAGAUACUACCCAAAGUCAACAAAAUAUGAAAAUCUGAACUUAGUAUUUUUAAAACACUAUGUUGUAAACAUGCCCAAGACUUGACUUUUGUGUCUCUAUAAAUUAAUUCACUGGUUUAGAGGAAGUCAGUUUGACACAUAUAUAUUAUACUAAUCCUUUUCAAUAGCUUGAGGACAUUAUGUUUUGCCAUUGUUAUAAACCAUUUUUAUUUAUACUUUCUGGAUGAUAAUCUUAUCUUUCCUGAUGCAAAAUGAGUGACAAUCAUAUGACUCAUAUGACUACCCCUUCUCAUUUAAAUAUGCUGCUACAUGUAGCAAUGUUCACAAGGAUCAUGGUUAUACAUUUGCCAAAAGGUGCCAAAAUGUCAUUGGUUUUUGUGAAUCCUGGUGAUUGUAAGGAUCAAUUUGGAGACUUCCUGUGUUGUGUGAGGGUUUUAAAUACAUCAUUUUUCCCACUUGUUUUCAAGAAUCACCAACAAAAAUUUUUAUUCCAACUUUAGAAAGUCAAAACCUUAUCAAAGUAUACAUAAAUAUUAUAUUCAAUUUUUUUUAUCACAAAGCUAUAUAUUUUGAAGACAAUGAAUCUCUCUCUGCUAUAGUAAAUUUGAUUCUUGACCCAUAUUUAUUUUCCACUCUUCAAAUGUAGUUCAUGUAUUAAUGUUGAAUUACAAAAUGCAUGUCAGGUCAAAAUGAUUUUUAGCAAAUUUAUUCAAGCAAUUUCAUAAAUUUUUUUUUCCAAGUAUAAUAAUACAAUUAUUGUACCAGCCUUGGUAAUUCUUAAACAGAACAACUGCAAAUUAUACCAGACUGAAUGUAACCUAAAAUAUAUGUUUAAACUUGACAUAAAUGCUGGUGUUUGAUGUGAAUUAAGUUCCAUUGAUUUUAAACUAGUUUUGUAUGUAUUUUCUGGUAUUCUAGGUCUAGGAUAUCAUUAUUUUCAAAGGAUGUAGAGUAAAUUCAGCCUAGUUUAAAAUCAGUGUUAUCUGAAUUCCUCUUAAGCCUACUACAUCGAUAUUCAACUGAAGGCUCAAGCUCUUUUGUGAAACUGAGUUAAGAUCUUGUGUGUAUUGAAAUUUUUAAAAUUAUUUUUCAUAGUUUUGAGAAAGCCUGUACUUUAUAAACUCCAAGGUUUGUUUGGGCUUCCUUAUUAUUUCUCUGCUAUCUAAUAGUUAAGAUACUGUGUAUUGGUAGUUCUAUAGUGGCAGUCAUGUUAGAAAAAAUUUGCUAGAAUAGAGAUUUGUAUAAACAAUUACAUUCAGUGCUGAUUUGAUUUGUGUAGGGAGCAAUGACACACCAUUACCAAUGAAUUCAGGGGCAGCUGCACGAGAAGUCCCAGCAAAAGAAAGUGUGGACAUGGACACAAAAGAUGAAAAACCAGCUGGUAAUGCUGCUCAAGUAUCAGAUGAAACAAGUGUAAAAGCUCCUGUAGAACAAGAACAACCAAAUGUCAAGGUACUGUUCAUGAGUUGUUGUUGGAUAUGAAAAGAACCUUCUGAUUUAAUCUGGCUCAAGAAUGUGUACCAUUCCAUUGUGGUGCAGAAUAAAAUAGUUUGGUGCAAGUUUCCUUUCAUAAUCAUCCAAAAUUGUGGUCAUUCAUGGAGUUUAAAUACAAUUAUAUAGGAAUGACAAAUUAAAACAACAACCAUUGGUUGUACACUGCUCUCACUUCCCAUGUUGAUCACAAGGUUUUUCCAUUGAUCAAAAUUUUUCAAAACAAGUUUAUUUUUAUUUUUUCCUUUGUUUUCAUUUAAGAUAAUGAAUGCAGAAGAAAUUAACUUACGAUCAUGAAACUGGUUUGACAAAUUUUAAACCAAGGGAAAAAUUGAACCACAAUUUAUUCAUAAGUGUUUUUAUCUGAAAUUGAAAAAACAGGAGUCAAACAGGUUUGCAGAAUUUUAAAUCUAGAAAAAAAAAAUUGAGCCAACAUCAUGCACACAAGUUUAUUUUAAAACUUGCUGAUAAAUUUGUAAUUCACUGAUUGAUCUUCAAAGGUUGCUAAUGCUUGAGUUUUCAACACAGAUUUUGCCAACAUUGUCGUGAUAUUUUCCACAAAUAUCUGUUUCCAUGGUGGCAGUAAAAAGAAAUUGAAAGUGGCACACUAGGAGGUGCCACUUUCCUUAUUUUUUAAAGUGUUAGCUAUGGGAAAAUUUAUACUAUUUUAAUUUCAAAAUAGGGGAACUUUUUUUUUAAAUUUAUGUUUCUCUCUUUUGCUAAGGAAUAAGGAAUGUUGAAUUUAUUACUUCAACUGGUCCAAAGUAAAAAUCAGUUGUCAAUGUUUGAACAAUCAUACUACAUGUAUAUGUGUUCUCAUAUGUUAUAAUUCUUGGGUUUUUCUCUGAUCUCAAUAAUCUACACAGAUACACUACAUUUAACUUUCAAAUACAAGGUUUAGUCUAAAAAUAGAUCAAAUGGAAGGUUCUGUAUAUACGUGUAUAUAAAGGUCAAAAUGUAACAACGUUUCCUUCAUUUUGGUAGAUGGUAGGAAUGAUUUUAUUUGUAUUUUGAGGGUAGAAAUGAAAAUUGAAUUAAAAUCCUGUCUUAUUUGCUUGAUAACUGAUAAAAUAAUUUAUUUCUUCAAAGUGAUUCAACAUAGAAUGUUGCUUUUCUUUAGUUUCUCUGUGUUCAGUUCUUUUUUUGUUUGGGAAACCAUUUUUAUUGAGUUUCUUAUGUUAGUAACAAGUACAUAGUGGAUUGACAACAGGAAUUUAUAAUUUAUUUACAAUCCAAGGAAACACUUUUAUUUAUGAGAAAUCUUGUUGUACCUUGCUUUCUUAAAGAGUAAUUAAAUUUCUGGUUAUGAUUAAAACUCAACUUGAAGUGCAAUGGAAAAGAUUUUUCAAAGCCUUACAGCUUAUUGUGUAAAAUGAAAUGACCAUUCAUGGCAAUUCUGGCCAAUUUUCCUACAAAUUAAAAAUAAGUUCAACAACAGUACAAUUUAUAUGAUUUUAUAAUUUGAAGAGAGCUUAAAUCAUCAAUGCCUUGUUUUUCAUAGAAGGGAAAUACUAAUUUAACGUGUUAAAAAACUGUGAGAUGUGGAUGAGUGAAAUAUGUUUUUUUUUUUUUCCAUGUAACUUGCCUUGAUUGAAUACUUAAUAUAAACAUUUCCAGGGUAUGACUCAUUUUAGUUGCACUUGGAUAUUUAAUGAUAAUUAACAAAUAUUCACCAAAGUGAACGUGACUGGUUGGUUUAGUGUAUACAGCAUGGAUACUAAAAAAAGUUUAUUUCUGUCAGUGUACCCAAAAAUGGUGGGAAAAUGAAAUUGUUAAUGCCAAUUUUGUCUCUUGAACUGCUUGGAGGUGAACAAUACUUGAUAAUCACUACUGAACUAGCCAAUCAGUGUGCACAAAAAGCACUGUUCACCUGUGAGGUGUAUACACUGUACUUAGUACAGAUAUUUUCCUUUACUGUACAUGAAUAUUGAGUGAAUUAUUAGUCGUAACAGGUAGUUACUUAAUAUGAUUAUUUGGACUUGGACCAUUUUUAGGCAGAAGUUGAGGAAGAGAGGCAGGGAGAGAUCCUGGCUUUCUAUGGCGAAGAAGAAACCCGUAAUUAUGACAGCCCAGAUCCAGGCCCUGCAGUGGAAAAAGAUGAAGGAUCCACCCAAGAAAAGCCAAAAACUGAGGAGGUUGGCUAAAUAAAUGCACUUAUAUUUACAUAGUGUGCAGAACAAGUCCAUGAUUUCAGCAACAGACCCCACUUUCUAUGAGUUAACUGGCAUAAUAAACCACAUGAGAUGUUGGGAAAACACCAGAAAAGUUUGUAAAUCAUGAGCCUCUGACUCAGAUAAUGGUAGCACUAAGAAAAGUAAUUUUGUAAAAAGUAAUUUUGAUCUCCAAUCAAGAGUUUCAAAACUCAAACAAUUGAAAACUUGACACCAUAACCUUUUUAUCCUAACAUCAGUAUCUGUUUUCUCCUUGCUCUUCUCCAUACAUUUCCACUGGUACUGACAAGGAGAACUUGUUUAACAAUCAAAGCUUCUCAGGUUGGAGAUCAUUUCCCUUAUUCUCAUAAUCCUGAUGAAUGAUUUAGCAGUAUUAUUGCGUGGAUAAAUUAGAUGAUGGUCACUCUUUAGUUGUGGGGUUAAGGGGUUGAAAUGUUUGAGAAUGAAGUUUGGAAUAUAUUAUUGAUGGACUGUCAUUUAACAUUCCACUUAUGAUGACCCUUGUUGUUUCAGUAAAUUCUCUCUACUAACCAGCCUUAAUAGUUUUUAUUUGGCUCUUCUCUCUUUGUGGAAACCAUAAGCUAGAUCUGACUAGAAAAUAUUUUCUUGAUUACAGGUUAAGGAAGAGAAACCCAAAGAGGAAAUUCCAGAGGAAGAGCCACUCCCCGAGAACAUGGGUAAUGUUGACUUUUGAGAUAUAAAUCACUCAUUGUAGUUGAUUAUCAACUUGAAGAUCACAAGGGUAUAUUGCUUUCCCUUGUGGAAUAAGAUAAGCUGCCUAGCAAUGGGCAUUUAUCUGAAGUGAAGUUUGGGUAUCAGUCCAACUUGCAUGGCUGGAGGGCCAAUCUUUUAUGCAGAAAUCAUUCCACAGUUAUGAUGUUCAAUUUGGCUUGAUUAACAAAAUUCAAGUUGAUAACCAAUUACAGAUAACUUUCUGCUAACGGACACUCUCGUAAGCAGACAGCUCUACUUGCAGACAAUUUUUUUUCAAUUCCCCUUUUGCCUCAUAGUUAAAAUCUUAAUUAACACUUUCAUGUAAGCAGCACUCUCUUGUAAGUGGACAUGGACACUUUUGAAAGUUUUGUUUACAUUCUCAUGUAAGCGGACACCCCAUGGAUAGUAAUUUACUCUUGACAAUAAAAUUUGUCCUCAAUUUGUAUAUCAACAAAAAUAUGACCUUUGACAGAGCAAAUCUUUAUUUGUCCACAGGAAAGAAAAUUGUCAGUUCCUUUGACAUUAACAAGAGUCUAACCUAACACUCAUCCACCCUAUUUUUCUUCUGUCUGCGUAUGGGAAUGAUUCUUGUAGGGGACCCUUUUUUCCAAUUACCGAGGGUGUCUGCCUAUGAGAGAGAAUUGACUGUAUUUAAGUGUUUCACAAUCUUGCGGAUUUGGCAUUUAUUUGAUAGCUAAACUUCAGGAACAACUUGCAUUUGUUCUGUAUUGUCAGUCAAGCAUCGUUAAUCUUUAAGCUCAUUCAUACCUAAACAGUAUUAAAUGGUUGAAAGUUAAUGAAGUAUUAAUAAUUAUAAUAGCUUUGAAAAUACUCAUUUAAAGUCAUGGUACAGCUAUUAAUACAUGUAUGAAGUAAUCUCUUAUUAAAUUACCGAGAUAAGACAAGUGCCCUGAUUGGUCGUGAACCUAUCGUUUAUUGCAUGUGUGAAGUUUAUUUUAUAAAAGCAAUAGAGCGCACUUUCGAUUGUUUUAUUUGACAUAAUAACCCAAACAGGAUGUUGGGAGAACAAUUCAGGCUUAUGAUUUAGAAACCUUUCUUAUUUUUGCUCUACUUCAUACUAGGGUUGUUAUGCCAGUAAACUGAUAGAAAAUGAGGCCUAUUGCAUAAUUGAGUUACAAAAUCCUUGGCUGUUUAUUUCUUAGGUUAAUAAUCAACCAAAGAAAAGAAGUAUCAUUCUGUUACUCUUACAAUGAAGAUGUCAGUCUCAUCUUCGCUUUUGAAUUUAAUCUAAACUGGUUCAGUUGUGUAGUGGUGAUGAAUAUAAAAUGAUGAAUCUCUAAAUGAACACAUUUACUUACCACUAGUGAAAAUGAAGGGUGUCGGUAGACCUAUCCAAAGUGGCAUGUGGACUGUAUUUUUUUUUUAUUUGUUAUCAUCUUAAAUUACCCGUACUUUAUGAUUAUACAUGAUCACCAGUGACAUGUGAGCCAUUUUCCAUUUUUGGAUUCCAUGGUCAACCAUAAUUAAACGAUAAAAAUUAGGGACAUCCUGCAUCAUUUCAAUUUUAUUUUGGACAUUGUUUUUACAUAUGAAUGAAGAGAAGAUGACAUUUUCAUAACUGUAUGUAAAAAACACUGAAUCAUUCUACAGUCACUUUGAAUAUGAUACUUCCACCUAAACCAUUAGAUGUUUUUACCACUUGGCUAUGUUCCUCAAAGUUGUUUUCAUGCAUGUGUGGGCUGCUUAAAAUGUUUCGUACAAAUUAUCUAAUUAGUUAUAGCUUAAACCCACGAUGCAUUCAACUAUUACUAUUAUGGUCCAAAGUUUCUUUAAAGUUGAGAUUAAAUGCUGAAUAUACCUUAAAAUGUUUCUUUAAAUUUAACCUUUUCUAAUGUCUAACACAGUAACUGUUUUGUUCGAUACAGCCAAGUGUGAAUUCUGCCACUACAUUGGAAUAAGGGAAUCCUUUUUCUCAAAGUCCAAACGCUUUUGUAAAAUGGAAUGUGCGAAAAGAUACUCAUCUGCGUCCAAUAUUAAACAGAAGGCAAAAGGAGACAAGAUUGGGACUCCAAAAAAGAAACACAGAACUUCAGACAGACACCAUAAAGUUUCUUUAAAACUCGAUCUUCUUUCUAACCUAGUGACUGUUUUGUCCGAUACAGCAAAGUGUGAAUUCUGCUGCUACAUUGGAGUAAGGGAACACUUUUUCUCAAAGUCCAAACGAUUCUGUAAAAUGGAAUGUGCAAAAAGAUACUCUGCAUCGAAUAUUAAAAAGAAGUCGAAGGGAGAAAAGAUUGGAACUCCGAAAAAGAAACACAGAACUUCGGAAAGACACGCACACAAUGCAAAUGCGGCAGCUGCUGCUGCUGCUGCUGCGUCGGCAACAUCGUCAGCUUCUACUGCAGCAGCAGCGUCUGGUGUCCAAGAAGUGAGUCAAGAUGGGCAGCAGGUAAGGCAACAUUUCCACAAGCCCAUGAACCCCUCUAACUCCCAUGAGUCAUCAAAUUGUCAUUUCUCCUUGCAAUAGUAAAACAUUAACCAGCAAACAGGUAAUGAGAAGAGAUGAACUUAUCACCUAAAGUGUGUUAUCUUGAUGUAAUGCCAAGUUCUCUGAACUGAUUCUAAGGAAAGUUAUAGUAGCUAGAGAGGAGAAUUGCUAAUUAGAUCUUGGGAGUUAGAGUGAUGGUAGAUUCAUCACGAUUUGUGUCAACUUAUAUUCUAUUUUAUGAUUUAUCUACUUUUUCCCCCUUUUUAGUAGGAUUAACCCUGAUCGUGCAUGAAAAAUCAACGCUAGAUUUCUACGAUGUACAGAUACACGUAGCUUGUUGUAACUGAAAUUCUGUUAACCCUUUACUCCCUAAAAUCAGUAUGCAUCUUCUCCAUACUACUCUCUAGACAUUUCCUAAGGUUCUGACAAGGAGAAUUUGUUCAACAAUCAAGAGCUUCUUAAGUUUGUGAUCAUCUCCUUUAUUCUCAUGACCUUAAUGUUUGAUUUAAGGAUGAUACUGUAACGAGAAAUUAGAUGUUAGUCACUCUUAGGGGUUAAAGGGUUAAUGUGUUAAUUCUCUGGGAAACAUUGCAAUGUACUGCGCAUUUGAGUAGAAAUUUUACAGCUCACUUUUGACAUUUCGCACACAUUUCAGGAAGAAGCAGAAGGUUCGGGAGCAAGUGCGACCCCUUUGUCUCGAGAAGGUAAAUUCUGUCUAUUCAAUUCAUCGCCUGUUUGUUGUGACCUCAUUUUUUUGAAACAUUCCUCUCUUUUCCUUGUACAAAGAUGUUGGUGAAAACUGGCAGAAUCGUAGCUUUGACUGGACAGAAUACCUCAGAAAAACAGGAGCGAAAGCUGCCCCUACUCAUUAUUUUGAGCAUGUAAGUUUGAAUUGAAUCUGUUGGUUAAGGUGUUCGUGAAUGAGUGAUAAAUGCCCAGUUUGGGACAACCAGCGCACAAGUUGCACAUUUGAAGGGCUAAUGCGCGGUAAUGCGAUAAAUUGGAGUUCUUUAAGAUCCCGAGAAGGGUGUUCAUUUUUCUUGUAAACAAAGUAAUCCUACUACUGAUAGCGGAGAAUUCUAUAUCGGAACCAGAGCGGAGCUGACAUCGUUGUGUUGUUUCUAGGUAAGUCUGAGCCCUUGUUUGAAAGGCGUACAUGUUGGCAUGAAAGUGGAAGUCGUAAACUGCAGUAUGGAUGUCGUAGACGAUACAGAUGUUGCUUUUUGGGUGGCGACCGUGAUUGAAAUCAAACACUACAGAGUCAAAUUACGGUAUGAAGGGUACGAGGUAAACCCUGCAGGCGAUUUUUGGUUUGAUCUGAGGUCAAAGAACAUCCAUCCAGUUGGUUGGUGCGCCAAGAGAAAUAAACUGCUCAUACCGCCUCCAGGUAUGGUAACUUUGCACUUUACACCCUAACAUCAGCAUGCAUAUUCUCCAUACUGUUCUGUACCCAUUUCAUAAGGUGCUGGCAAAGAGAAUGUGAUUAACAAUCAAGAGCUUCUUUAGCUGGUGAUCACCUCCUUUAUUCUCCUGACCAUAAAAUGUUUGAUUCAGGGGUGACAUUGUAAGGAGAAAUUAGUUGUUAGGAGGUAGUCACUCCUAUCUAGUGAAAUUUUUGUGUACACGUGGAUUACAUCUUGAAACGAAAGGUAAGCCAGCGGGAAAAGGUUCAAGACCAUGUUUUGUUACUAAAGAAAUAGUCGCAAGCAAAAAUUCAAUAGACUUGAAGAAAUUUCAAAUAUUUUUCACUCUGGGUUUUUGCAGGACAGCUCCUUCAAAUUCUAAUUCAGGAGUGAAAUUAUGAACUCAAGUCUCUCCUAAUGACGUUUUUAGUGUAAACUUUUUCUUAGUACCUUUUUUGUUGUAUAGCUAUCAGAGAGAAAUGCGCCAACUGGAGGGACUACCUCUUCAAAUGUCUCUCAGGAGCCAAGACUUUCUCGGUUGAAUUUCUUCAACAACUGCAAAGCCAAUCUUACAACAGAUUUCAGAAGGGCAUGAAGGUGGAAGUGGCCGAUCGUAAGAAUAUGUACUCCAUGUGCGUGGCGACCAUAGUUGAUGUGAUCGGAGACCGCCUGAGGAUGCGGUAUGACGGACUGGAUGACGAUGUGGCUGAAGACUUCUGGUGCCACUACCAAUCGGCUGAGAUUCAUCCUAUUGGCUGGUCAUCCUUGGUUGGACAUACUUUGCAGCCACCCAUUGGUGAGUGUAUGUCGUGAUGCCAUGAUGAAGUACAGAACUACUCUCUGUUCGUGCGUAAAGCGCGUAUGAUGCGUGGGAAUUACACACCCUUCCAGGGCGUGUAGUUACACGCGUGCAUAUUAGAAAUUACACGCGUGUGGCGGUUUACACGCAGAUGUGUGUAGUGACGCGUGGUGUGGGUGCUUCACACGUGAAGUGCGUGGGGAGUACACGCGCGUGACGCGCGUGUAAUGCUGCGGUACAUGCGAGCCGUACUACAUGCCGCGGAGGAUGAAUUAUAUCAAGACUACUUGAUGAAAAUGUGAAAAAUUCCACUUUCUUAUGAUGGAAAAAAAAAAAAGAGGGGCAAUGAUAAACCACUAAGGGACAGGAAGACCUAAGGAUGGGGCGAAUUAAAACGAUGCACCAAUGACAAAUAUGUUAGGCUGGAUUUCCUUGGGAUACCUAAAAUACACAUUUUUUGUAUGGCUCCUAAAUCAUAUAACCAGUUUUUUGCGUUAUCCCGAAAAACUUUGCAAGAGUGUUGAAGGGUCAGGAUAAUGUUAUCCACCGGGUAAAUCUCUCGAAAAUGUUUCGCCAACGUUUUUCACGUCUACCCUAAAAGUAAUCCAUCUUUAACUUUCUCCUACUCUGACUAUCCGUUCCCCUAUCAGGAUUUUAUAUAUAGGCUUAUUUGGCGUCACAGAUAUCUUGGUUUUUCUUAACACCACUAUGUGCGUCUACUUGUCAUUUAGGCUGGAAACACAGUCUCAGCAAGUGGAAUGAAUUCUUGGCGGAUGAUUUGGCAAACUCAUUAGAUGGCGACCAGGAUUUGGUCGCCAAAGUGAAAAUUUUUGCAUUGGCGCCUGUAUUAGGCGCAAUUUACAGGCUUAUGUGGCGUCACAGAUAUCUUGGUUUUAAGUCUACUUGUCUCAAAGUGCACCUCAGGAAUUUUUUUGUGGUAUUUAAUUUCUAAGGUUUGUAAGUGAUUAUAUCUUCGAAUGAAAGAUACUUAAGUUGUGUAAAUUAUAUUUAAAAAAAUAUUAUUUUCCAAAUUUUAAUUCAGUUUGUAUUUACCUCGUGGUACAGCAACGUACUCACAAUUAUUUUGAGCAGGAAUUUGGGAUUCGCAACACUCUAUAUAACAUGUACUUGUUGGCCAAGGCGUAAUAUUUCAGAUAGGGUCAGUUGGUGGCUCCGGUUGUCUUGUCAAAUCACAAAAUGUAUUAACCCUUUUGAUUAUUAAACAAAGUUUCUUUGCCAGCAACUUAGGAAAUGUUUAGAGAACAGUAUAGAGAGUGUGCAUGUUGAUGUUAGCGUAUAAAGGUUUUGAGAAAAAUUAUUGCAAUCUUAAAUUACUUUUCCCCACGGAUUGAAAAUUGCUCCAAAAUUGAAGCGUAUCACAGAAGAUGACGUGACGCGGCUCAUCGAUCAAGCAUUCAUUUUUUCAGUUUUUUUUUCAUUUUUAUUUUAAGGACUCUACGGGAACAGCCCCUGGCGUUCACCAGUUUAAAGUGGGCAUGAAAUUCGAGGCUAUUGACCCGUUCAACCCGAGUCAUGUGUGUGUAGUGACGGUGAUCAAGGUGCUGAGGUUCAAUUACUUCGUGCUUGGAGUCGAUUCCCUGGCCACUUACUUCGUGUGUCACGCUAACUCAAUUAACGUGUUCCCCUGCGGAUGGGCUAAGGCUCACGGGCUGCAGUUACACCCGCCCAGAGGUGGUAUAUGCUUCUGUCUUUUUUCUUCUAGAGAAUUAGUUUUUUUCCUUGGAACAAUCGAAGCUUAAUAAGCGGACACACCAAGAACACAAGAAGGGUGUCUGCAACUGAAGUUAAAUGCUCGUAAGCAUGGUUCAGCAGAAAUGUAAGCAAUAGCUGGCUGCAUACGGUAACACAGCGGUCAGACGUCCGCUCAUGUGUGAACUUUGAAACGGCUAAGAGGCGGCCAAAUUUGUUGUUAAGAGUUUUUGCUGGUAGGAGUUCGAUCAGGGUCUGAUGAAGAUGGUCGUAGAUAGAGCAGUCCUUUAACCUAAGAGUGCCUUAGGGUGUUUUCACAUGGAAAUGCCAGUGACGCACCAACGCGUCGCUAAACAAAAAUGAAUACAACAUUGGGUCGCCGAAAAGUAACUAGUGUCCAAUCUUCCACUCAACUUCUCAUUAAUUUCAAAAGACAUAUUGUAAUGACGCCUUGAUUUUGACCCAUUUAGAUUAUACCCAAGAGGCUUUUAGCUGGCCUGAAUAUCUUGCCAAGACUGGUGGUAUCGAAGCCCCACCUCAGCUCUUUCGACAGGUAAUAACUACUUGUAACCCUUAAGCGCUCAUUGAAGAAGGCGGUAUGACUAAGUAGCUAGGUCGCUGGACUUGGAAUCUCGUGGGUUCACGUCCUCCACCCUGCCACUCACUGGAUUUGUUCUCGGUCGCCCCGAGUUCAACUCUUCGGGUGCGCUGUGUAAAUGGCCAUCUGGUCUGCCUCCCGCCAGUUGGGAUUUUCAAGCACUUAAUGUUUAUUUGAAUUAUUUGUUUUUCUCUCUUUCGCGUAGUAACGAGCUUAGAGGCUUACAAUAAACUUUUCUUUGUCAACUUUCAAAGGGGAAAAGUUUUUAACGAGACUGGGGGGUUGCGUUAGUGAAGGAGUAUAACAAGAUAAUCGAGUUGAUAAUGUAAAGUGGCCUCCUAAAGCAGACGUUUCGAGCAUUAGCCCUUCGUUAGAGCAAGUAGUUAUUGUUUCGCUCCCCUUAACCCUUUCACUCCCAAGAUCUAAUUAGCAAUUCUCCUUACUAUCUGCCAUACAAUUCUUAUGAUGUUAGUUCAGAGAAUUUGGUAUUGGAUCAACUAAUAAUCCCAUGAUUGAUAUUCUUCUCUAUUCUCAUCACCUACCUGCUUGAUAUUGUAUUGAUAUUGUAAGGAGAAAUUCUGUCUUGGUCACUUGUGGGAGUGAAAGGGUUAACUCCCGAGAUCUGAUUGUUAAUGAUCCCUUCCAGCUUAUACACAUUUCCUUGUAAAUUGGCAACGAACAUUUUGUGUUAAACCAAGAUAACUUUACCUGAUAAUUUUGAGUAUUCUCAUUACCUGUUUGCUGGAUAAAGUAUGGGUAUUAUAGGGAGAAGUGACAGGUUGAUCGCUUCUGGAAGUUAAAGGGUUAACCAGUUUCAUCUUUCAUUACUAAGGAGCAAAGGGGUGAAAACAAUUUUAAAAUUGGAACCAAACUUGAAGCAGUGGAUCUGCGCGAACCCGCCCUCAUCUGCCCUGCAACGGUAACAGACCUCAAGGGACCCUUGCUGAGAAUCCAUUUUGACGGCUGGGACGAGUCCUACGAUCAGCUGGUGGAUAAAGAUUCGUUGGAUAUUUUUCCUGUCAGUUACUGCACCUCUGUUGAUCAUCCCCUGCAACCUCCAGGGUGAGAAUUGUUUUGUUUGUGGGUCUGUCUGCAAGACUGUCUGUCUGCCCGUCUGUGUGUCUUUCUUUCUAUGUGCAUGUUUCCUUAUCUGUCUGUCUGUUUGUCUGUCUGUCUGUCUGUCGUUUCCGAAGUACCGCAGUGCUAGUUUGAAAGAAUUGUGAAUAAGCCAGCGGCUCUUCCUGCUCUUUCUACUCAACCGUCAUGGCCAAUCAGAUAGCAAUGUGCUAUUACUCCUUCUUUGCUGUCAUUGUCGAAAUCGUUGUAAAGUUUUUGCAAGAAUACAAUGUGUCGUUAAGAAUGGUUCAAAAUUAAAUUUGUUUUAUGGGUUCGAAUCAAGAAACAGUGAUACUCGUAAUUUCAUUGCGGUAAUUCAAAAUCAGGCUGCUCCAGUUAACCUUUGGUUAAAAGCCAAUCAACAGCUUAAGUUUCGUUGUGAACGCUGUAGGUAAGUGGUGUUGAGGUCUUCUUUUUUUUCAACUCCCGAUCGCCACUAAUGUGUGCCUCUGGUUCGAUUAAAAUGUAGUAUUUGGCAAUGUUUUGCUGACAUCUUUGUGGGGAGAAUGAUUCAAAUCUCUCGUCUGUUUGUUUACUUUUAUGCAGACCAAUGCCUGAUAAAUUUGUCGAACGUUACGGUCCAGUUACGGAUGUCGGCCGUCAAUCAUUGCCCAGACCCCUGAGUAGGCCUGUCAAAAGACGAACAUCUGCUGACGACGAUGGACAAAAGAAAAAAAGUGAGUGCCACCGCUUACUUUGUGCAGCGGUACUAGAAUGAAAAGUUGAUGUGAUUGCAUCGCACAAAGGGUUUUCUUAUCAUUCACGCACUCCCAAUGCAUGUGAAGCGGAUGUGAAACAAGUAAAUAAGCGACUGUUGCAAGCGACACUAGUUACCUGAAGCAGUCAGGAGAGCGUCUCACCUUCAAAACUUCAGCUUUCCAAAAUUUUCUUCGGCAGUUAACAACCUUUAACAACUUUAAGGUGACGAUUGGGGAAAGAUUCUAUAACAGCUUGAAACUUUUUCUGUUUCCUAUCCCAGCCAAAUCGCUUUACCCCCAGGAGGAGGUAUAUCUGAACAAGCGCUGUUUCCCAGGACCGCUCUUAAGCCGUGACUUAGUGCGCAGUCUCCCUGAUGCAGUCAGAGGCUCCGUGGUAGGACCUGAGAAGCACAACAUUAUGCGACUGUGUAUGCAGCACUUGGUCUCCGCGUCUAUCAAUCCCAAACAGGUCCUGGAGUUGUUUAGCCGCGAGUUUUAUCAGAGCAAGAAAAACAGGUAGAACUUAUAUGCCUUAACAUUGAAGAAACUUACUUAAAAAAUUGUGGUAGACAGUAAAGAAAACUACCGCAGAGGUCCUAGGAGUGAAAGAGUUAAUCAGCCGGCCCAUGUCUAGCGAGGCUACUUUUAGAGGACCACGUUUAUCACUCAAACUGACUCUCUGUUUCUCUCCCCUUUCUUUUUCUGGUUACCAGAGAAUUCCAACUUGGGGGAACAGUGUGUAUUGAGACUAAGAGCAAGAAUGGCAAGCGACUCAUGAGGCGUGUCCGCGUUGUGAAUAAAGCGGAACAUCUUCAGCCGUAUUUGCAGCGAGUCUGUCAAGUGCUGGGGUGCUGCUCGGAGCUUGUCAGUGCUACGCGCUACGCUCUCGGCUCCUGCAAUCAGAGCAGCUGUCUGAAAGGUUAGGAAGCAGUUCAUUCUACGCACUCGCAGUUGAUCAUGGGACUUUCUAGUUAAAAUGGACAUGUUCAUUUGAGGGAAGUUAUUGCUACCAGACUUCGUUUGCUGACUAGUAAAGUAUCCAAAGUAAAAAUAAGAGAAAGUUGGGUUCUACACGAAGUAAACUAAAAAGCAACUAUAAAAGAGAAAAAAAAAAUCUUGACGUUGACACUGUUCGGGUGUAUAAUUUAAACUCGGUGUGGUAAUGAUCUCACUUUCUUGUUUGGCUUAAAAAGAACAUUUUUUAUGACUCAGACUGUGUUUCGAAUAUGGUAAUUUGGUAUAGCGUAAGUUGGCCACCGUUAAAAAUUUCAAAGCUUAGCCCAACCCUCUGACGAAGGACUAACGCUCGAAACGUCAGCUUUAAAACUCUUAAUGGUGGUAAAUUUACGUUAUCAACUCAGCUGAUCAUUCCAAAUUACCCUGCUGUAUUCUUCCACCGAUGCAGCACCGCAAGUUUCUUUAUAAACUUACUCCCUUUAUCAAUUUGUUUCGAAUAGCAUGACUGCUUUUGAAGGAUGAUGCAUAGUAGGGAAUUUUGUGUUCUUGUUUCUUUUUCACCUACUUUUAUCUUUCGUAUGUGUGUUUAUUUUUUACAUUUUGUUACGCUUUAGAAAUAUUCAACAAUCUUUUUUUUGUUCCGAAAAAUGCGAAGGCUUUGUAAGCGGGGACAUACCAUUAUUUGACACUUUGUGGAAAAGAAAAUUUAUUUAACCAAUUUUCCUCCUCGACGUGAAGAACUGAUCUUUUUAUAACGAAUGACUACUUUCAGGGAAAGACAAUGGUGUGACAUCGUCAAGCGAUGGCCGCGCCCUCCAAUCAACAACCCUUGAUGUUCCGCACCCACCCAUCGCCCCACCCAGGAUGAAAGGCCAUCAUGACUCAGCUGUUUGGCUACAGCCCUUGGAGAGAGAAUCUUCACACGACUCGAUGGUGUCGUCCACGAGUAACCUUCCCUCUUCGUCCGCAGCGCAAGAGUCAGACGCAGCGUCAGUUCUGUUGUACCAGAGCUGUAACAGCGGAAAAGAUCCCCGGCUGUGGAACGUGCAGGAGGUGAUGAGCUUCUUGUUCUCCAUCGGCUGUUCGAAUUACGUGGAUGCUUUUGAGAAACAGGUAUGUCAGUUUGUUUCGCCAUUUUCUAAACGGUGCCUCAAGAUGGAAUGAAACGCGGAAAAGAUUUAACUUUUGUUAUCUACCUUUCAGUGUGCACUAACCAGAAAAUAAUUGACUUAUUGUUGAAAUUAGAUAUUUUGUUUCUUUUGAUAUGUCAAUAGAAAAAUUUUUAGAAGAGAAAGUGAGCAAAAUCAAAAUUUCGUUACUUAUUUAUUUAUUUAUUUAAUCAUUAUUUAUACACGACACAAAAAAUUCAUCAGGUACAAAAAAUUCCAAUGCAGUGACUUAUAUUCUAAGAACCUAAAAAUCCUAUUCCUAACAUUUUAUUAACUUACAACAAUGCGCCACUUAAAAACCUGAUUCCCAUGAAUGCUGUGUUUAAAAGUUAUGAUGGAGAAGGAGUUUAAAUUGGGUUAAUGAACCAGGCUCUCUAAUUUUACAGGGUAAGCUAUUCCAAAGGAUUGCGCCGCUAUAACUAAAACUAUUUUUUAUGUAGUUAGUUCUUGGAAAGGGGACAAUAAGUUUCUUUACUGAGUCCCUCCUUUACGUUGAUUGUAAUCUUGGUUCUAGUUUCUUCUCUCUCUUUGCAGGAGAUUGACGGUCGCGCACUUUUGUUAUUGACGCAAGAAGAUAUGGAAAAGCUAACUGAAAACAAACUCGGCCCUAUGACGAAAAUCCAGAGCGCAGUGAAGGCUCUUAAACAAGCGUGGGGCAUUUGA